ACUUAUAUUUUUCAAAUGUUAUCGUUUUUAGUGGCUAUUUUAAUAUGUGUUGUUAUUUUCGGUUUGAGACAACUUAAUCGUAAUUAUGCACUAACAUCGCUGACCAAAAGGAUUAAAACUAUGGACGGAACCCCCCUAGAAAAUGUCAUUGAUGUUGUCGGUGGUUUUUGGGGCAGCAAUUUCGAUUUGCUCACAAUGAAGCGGAGUGAACAAAUUUUUGACUACUCUCGUCGCCUGGCAAAGACUUUUAAACGCAGUUAUGUUCAAUAUUUCUUGUUGACCCCAGUUUAUAAUGUCAUCGAUGCCAAUGAUGCGGAGAUGAUACUCAACGAUUCCCGUAUUUUGGACAAAGGAUUGCUGCUUCGUUUUUUGCAUCCCUUUUUGAAAACAGGCCUAUUGACAAGUUCCGGUAAAAAAUGGCAUACGCGGCGUCGUUUACUCACCCCAACUUUUCACUUCAACAUUCUUCAAAAAUUUAUGGAAAUUUUCAAAUCUGAAUCUAGAAAAUUUAUUGAUGAUUUAUGGAAGCAAAUAGAUCUGGCCGAUUUCAAUGGCUCGGUAUCGUUAAACGAAUUAAUACCACGUUUCACUUUAAACAUUAUAUGUGAAACAGCUAUGGGUGUUCGUCUUGACGACUGUGCCGAUGGUGAUGAAUAUCGUAAAUAUUAUUCCAGAAUUGAGGAUAUUUUAAUUGAACGUCUUAAGAAUCCGAUAAUGUCCUUCGAUUGGAUAUUUUUCAAAUUUCAAAAUGGUAAAAAUUAUUUGAAAUCGUUAAAGAAACUGCACUCUUUCUCCAGUGGGAUAAUUAAAAAAAGGCGCGAAAUGCUGGAAGAGGAAUUACAACAACAGGAAUUUGAGUUGAUCGAAAGGAUUGAUCAGGAUGACAAUAAUGCCUAUGGCAAACAACGUUAUGCCAUGUUGGAUAGCCUUUUGUUUGCCGAGAAGGAAGGUCUCAUCGAUCACCGGGGAAUUUGCGAAGAAGUUGAUACAUUUAUCUUGGCCGGUUAUGAUACAAUUUCAAUGAAUUUAAUAUAUGCUCUACGAUGUCUAGCCAUGUAUCCCGAUGUUCAAGCAAAAUGUUAUGAAGAACUACAAGAAUGUAUUCCCGAAGAUCUCAGUGGAUUGAAUAUGAAACAAUUGAACAAUCUUAAGUAUUUAGAUUGUGUUAUAAGGGAAACUUUACGGUUAUAUCCUUCGGUGCCAACAGUGAAAAGAGAAUGCAUAGCAGAUACUGUAGUUGGUGGUAAUCUCUUCCUACCGAAAAGGACUCAAAUAAACCUUCACAUUUAUGAUAUUCACAGAAAUCCCAAAUAUUUCCCAGAUCCGGAAGUUUUUAGACCAGAGAGAUUUAUGUCGUCGGAAAAGAGGCAUCCGUAUGCAUUUAUACCCUUUAGUGUGGGACAAAGGAAUUGUAUUGGACAAAAAUUUGCCAUCUUGGAAAUUAAAACAUUGUUAAUACACAUUUUACAGAAUUUCCAAUUGCAGUCAGUUUCUGAUUGUGAGGAGUUGAAAUUCUCAACAGGAUUAUUGCUGCGCACAAAUACAAAUGUAAAAAUAAAAUUAAAUAAAAGAAAUUAAAGUUGAAUGUAUACAUGUAAACGUAGCAUAGUUUCUUUAAUUUGAAGAUUGU